AUGGGGGUCUUCGGGGGCGUGAAGCUCGACUACGAGCUCGAUGAUUCGCUUCCCGAUCUUCCCCGGCUUCAGCAUACCGCUGACCUUGGUUGCGACUUUUGCCGUGUCCUGCGCGGCGCCGUACUCGACAGCUCGGAUUCGAAAUACGGCAAGCUAAUCGGCCGGUCCGGGAAGCUACUCCGCCCAGGCGAGGUCUCUCCUGUCCGCGUCGAGCUAUAUCUCGAGUGGGUCGGCGAAGACCCGUCUGUCGAUUCGGGGGCCCUCUUUCUCUAUGCUAUGUUCACAUCGAUGGACCACUCUUACCCCGAGCGCACGCUGCAGGCGUGUUUCUGUGUCGAGACGCCUGAUCCAGUCUCCGAAUGGUUGAGAAUCCCUUCGUCCCAGACCACGGUGAACCGGCUGGAUCCUGAAACAAUUGCCUGGGCGGCUGACAGCAUCAAAUCGUGUGCGGAGUCCCACAACCACCACCAUGACCACAAGUCUUUAUCAGGGACAUUCCGGCCCAAACGCCUAUUGGACUUAAUGGACGGCCAAGUCCGGCUGGUGAGCGAAAGGCUGGAAUCAGCGAGCAGGAGAUGGUCCCCGGUCCUUCGCGACGCCGUCCUCGUGACAAGAGCUCUGGGCAUCUCGUACCUCUGGAUCGACUGCCUGUGCAUUCUCCAGGGCGAGGCCGACAGGGACGACUGGGUCGAGCAGGCUUCAGCCAUGCACCGCAUAUACGGCUACGCGAGGGUCACCAUCGUCGCGCUUGCCUCGAGGUCUUGCAUGCAAGGGUUUCUCGACUUCCCGGCCGAGGGCCUCCACAUCGACUAUCGCUCGACACUCCAGCGCAAGGCGGCGGGCACCAUAAAGAUAAAUCUCCUCGGCGCCAGCCGAGACUACAGCCUGAUGAGGAAUCCACCGUACGCCGUGAUACGGUCCCAGAAUCUGUGGACAUCGGACUGGCUGUCCAGGGGCUGGACGUAUCAGGAAGCGGCAGCGUCUGCUCGGCUGUUGGUUUUCGGCGAGCUCGGCCCCUUCUUCUCCUGUCCGGCCCAGAACGAGCUGAUGCGUCCGCGAUGGCGAACCGUGAAUCCGCCAUCGAAUCUUGAGCAAUUCGAAUUUUCCGGCCUGGCCAACGAGGGCGACGGAAUCGAGCUUUGGGAGCGCGUCAUGCGGCAGUACGGUCGUCGUUCCCUGGGGUUCACCCACCCGACGGACGCGCUGCCGGCGCUCUCGGGAAUCGUCUCUUUGCACCAACAGCUUCCCGGAGCAGUUCAGUGA